AGGAAUGAAUACGCUCGAGCUUUUUAGCUCAAAACGCCAUCUUACUUAGACAGGGGGGUUUAAACGGGGAGAAAGCAGCAAAGCAGACAGUGACUGACAUUGGUAUUUAGUUAAGGUUAUGUGUGAAGCCAUAUGCUAGCCCUGGAGUAACAUUAAUCAUGCCUUUGGGCAUUUAUAACAAAGAGUGAGAGCGCGUCAGGAGAUCCGGAUUGGUUAGCUUAAAGCUAGCUAGUCAGGGGGAGGGGCAGAGUGAGUUAUUUUUUUCACUGCAGAAGUUAUUUGUUUAUGUUAUUCCACACGGACAUGUCAUCUUCAAAUCCAGAGUUAACAGACCUAAAUCUGGGAUUGGGGGCGAGUGGGACCCAAACAAGUAGUGGUUCAGUUGUAUCGAAAGGAACCAACAAAAGACGAGCUACGUCAGAUUUUGAUGACGAUGAAGGAAGCAAGUUAUUCAGAGGUGAUGAUGAAACAGGAGGCUCGAACAAUGACAAAGAGCGCUUUGCCAGGUUUUUGGAAGAAGAUCAGAGUUUUGCAGAUAAGGAAAAACUAGCCAGGGAGAAUCACAGUGAGAUUGAAAGACGAAGGCGGAACAAGAUGACUGCCUACAUCACAGAAUUGUCCGAUAUGGUGCCUUCGUGCAGCGCACUAGCACGAAAACCAGACAAAUUAACCAUCCUACGAAUGGCAGUGUCUCAUAUGAAGUCUCUUAGAGGAAGUGGCAGUACCAAUGCGGAUGGAUCAUAUAAACCUUCCUUUCUUACUGAUCAGGAACUCAAGCAUCUCAUCCUGGAAGCAGCUGAUGGCUUCCUGUUUGUGGUGUCAUGUGAGACUGGCCGCAUUGUUUAUGUGUCUGACUCCUUGACGCCCGUCCUCAACCAGCCACAGUCUGAAUGGCUUGGCUCCUCUCUUUAUGACCAGCUCCAUCCGGAUGACACAGAAAAACUCAGGGAGCAGCUCUCCACUGCAGAGAAUAAUAGCACAGGGAGGAUGUUGGACCUGAAGACUGGAACAGUAAAGAAGGAAAGUCAGCAGUCGUCGGCUAGAAUGAGUAUGGGAGCCCGUCGAUCAUUCAUUUGCAGAAUGAGGUGUGGCCACAUGUCCGGUGGAACCAUAUCGAUGAAUAGACUCGGUUUUCUUAGGAAUAGAAACAGGAAUGGUUUGGGUACAGCCAAGGAAGGGGAACCCCAGUAUGUUGUGGUCCACUGUACUGGAUACAUCAAGUCCUGGCCUCCUGCAGGUGUAUCGUUAACAGAUGAUGAAGCAGACAACAAUCAGGGAAGUCGCUACUGUCUAGUUGCCAUUGGAAGGUUACAGGUUACUUGUUGCCCAAGUGACACAGACAUUAACAGUAUCAGCGUUCCAGUAGAGUUCAUCUCACGCCAUAACUGCCAGGGCACGUUCACUUUUUUAGACCACCGUUGCAUGGCUGCUGUUGGCUAUCAGCCCCAGGAAUUAUUGGGGAAGAAUAUUCUAGAGUUUGCCCACCCAGAGGACCAAGGCUUACUGAGAGACAGUUUCCAACAGGUCAUAAAGCUGAAGGGCCAGGUUCUGUCUGUGAUGUUUCGAUUUCGCGCCAAAUCGAGAGAAUGGAUCUGGAUGAGAACGAGCUCUUUCACUUUCCAGAACCCGUUUUCAGAAGAGAUUGAGUAUAUUAUCUGUACAAAUGUCAAUGUCAAUAGAAACUCGACCCAGGACCCCCUCACUCCAUCUCCUCCCAGGGGCUUCGAUGCCCCCUCUCUUGGUCAGAGCAGCCCAAAUGGCCAUCCUGUUGUACUCAGCCCAGGGCAGAUAGCCACCAGGCAGUUGCAGCAGCAGGCUGACCUAGAGAGGUGGACAAGAGAUGGACUGUAUGAGGCAGGAAACAAUUCCCCUCUCACAGGUUAGACAAUGCCAGUGCAGCCAGUGACAACAGCAGGAUUGGACCAUAGCAAAAGCAUAGAGAAGCCAGAGCUUUACCCCUCCUUGUUCCAAGGGUCAGAUCAGACCAAGGGUAUACCCUCCACCUCUACUCCAACUACUCAGAUCUAUGCCAACAACUUCCCUGCUGGUCGAUCAGGUGAUGCAUACAGCAGACAGGUCAACAUGAAUCCACAGAUGGCACAGCCAACGCACUCAGCAGGCCAAAUACUGGCUCAGAUGUCUCGUCAGAACGGAACCCCACAGUCAGUUACCACAUCCAGCACUAGCAACCCCCUCCAUGGUCAUGGAGGACCAACUGGAGGAUGGGCUGGAGCCAGACCACAAUUAAUAAACCAGCUGGUGGCUCCACAGGCAGCAAAACCUAUGUCGCCUCAGUUUCCUCCCAUGGGAGGAUUUGGAGGUGGCUCUUCAAAUACUUUUAGUCAGAUGCCUACAGGUGCUGCUCCUGCCCCUACCAAUGCAACAAAUUACCCACAAAUGAAUGCACGUGCCAGCAUUAACACCAAUGGUUAUGAUGGCUCUCAGUCCGGUGCCCAGUUCCCCUCUCGAGCAGCAGAGGCAGUGUGGCCUCAGUGGCAAGGCCAGCAGCAUGCUCAGAAUAAUGCAGAGCAGCAUCCCCAUGCUCAGGGCAACCAGCAAGACAUGUUUCCUGAUGUGCUGUCUAUGUUGGAUCAGCCUGCUAACUUCAGCAACGAGGACUUUGAGAUUCCCAUGUACCCUCCUUAUAACGAGUGAUGUGGUCAAUACUCGUCUGCUGGUCUUUUUUGUUUUCUUGCCUCCUUCUGCUAACAUUUUUCUUCUAUUCAGAUCCUCUGCUCCUGAGAGUAGCAUUCUUCCCUUGCACAACGUGGCUUAAAUGACUCAACUGCAAGCCACUCAAAGAUGAAGGGAUAUUUUAUUACAAAGGUAAUGAGGCGAAAAAUCAAGAAAUUGCUGCUGACUAAAUUAUCAUUUUCACAAUAUUCCAGCCAUUGUAAGAAAAUGCCCUAGCUAGCACUGCCUAAAUUAAUGUUAAAAUGCGCACAAUCACUCAACUACACUUGAACAGACUGCACAAAAACAAACACAGGAAGUAAACACACAACAAGGCCUUCUGUUAUAUGUCAGUGUUUUGUCUCAGGCAUUAGGAUAUUACAUAGCUGUUUUACCCUUUACCAUGUAGAUUAAUCACUCAGGUGAUUUAAACUCUCAGGGAAAAGCAGGGAUGUACAUGUUUAGUGAGUUUUAAAUUCCCCGCUGUUGCACGCUCUGCAUGACUGAUCUUUUACUUUUAUCAAGCACUUCUACGUUCUCUCUCUCUCUCUCUCUCUCUCUCUAUAUAUAUAUAUAUAUAUAUCUAUAUAUUUAUAUAUAUAUAUAUAUAUAUAUAUAUAUAUAAUAUAUAUAUUUUCAGUGUUUUCUCUUGAGAUUUUUUUCCCCCUUUUGAUUGAUGUAUUUGCAACAUGCGCGUUAUUACAAUGGCUACAUACUGGUGCCCGUUGAUGAUGUAUACAAAUGAAUCUUUUUCUGCCUACAAAACACAUACAGUGUGCAUGUAUGUAUGUAUGUAUGUAUGUAUGUAAAAUUGUUGCAUACAGUAUAAUUAUGAACUUCAGGAUGUAAGGUUUCUGCCUUCUUUGGAUUAAUUUCCCCCGCUUUAUGCUGUAGUUGCAGGCUUUUCUACUGCUUUUGUAAAAGAAAUAUUAAAUCAGCAAUAAUAAGGAAGAAUUGUGUACUUUUAAAGCCAUUUUUGACAUUGUUUCCUUUUUUGUUUCAAAAUGGACAGAUAUAGUAGUGAUCUUUUUUUUUAUAUGAUUUUAAAGUAUUUUAUCAGUUGACCUCUUUAUCUAUUUCUCCUCUUUAAUUAGUAUUUUAUGGUUUGAUAAGGGUAUUCAGGAUAAAAAUGGAACAAUUUGCAAAACAAGUAAAAAUGUCCAGAAACAGUUUAUCAGUGUUUUGUUUGUUUUUUGGGGUUUUUUUUCUUGCUUGUAAGGGUUCUUUGCCAACAAUGCCUGUUUUUCAUUGAUUUGACAUUAUAGGGGAACAUUGUGAGAUGAAAGGUAGAGCUUCUAAAAUUUUAAAUGUAUGGAAGUUAAAGUUACAGAUAACUAAUGUUUGUGUGUAAGAUUCACACAUUUGUGAUGACAGAUUAUGUAAUUGUGUGUAACCCAUUUAGAUAAAUAUCCAGUUUCCAGAGGAUGGUAUGUUGGUGAUUGUGUUGUCUUUGUUUAAAAAAAAAAGAACCUUUAUGAUUGCUCUGUAUCCAUGUUUUUCACUCUUAGAAACACACAUAUAUAAAUAUAAAUAUACUGUAUAUGUUUAUGAAAUUUUAAACAAGAGAAAGAUGUUUGGUUUUUAUAUUAAAUUGUUAUAUUGUCAACAA